AGCUCCUCGUCUUCCUAGACCCUAAUUCUUCAAACUUCCCCUCGUUUCCGACGGCAAAAGUAAUCGGACGACAGGAGAUUGGCCUUUCCUGUCUAAGGAAGAAGAAGACCGAGUAUCAGUUUCCGUCCAGCUUUGACGCAACACAAUGAACCCUUACGAUCGCAGAUAUGCCGACCCUGAAUCCUACCGUCAGAGAAGAAGUGACUUCACGGGUCAACCGCCUCCGCUGGGCCCGCCUCUGAUGGGCCCUGGAACAGUACCUCCAUCGGGGGCUGCAUCCUUUGCCCGUGGUACAUCGGUGCCGUACGGAGGUCCCCCGCCACCAGCGCCAGCUUUCCAGGGAAGGGUCCCGGGUUCUGUACCGCGUCCCGGAAAUUCGGUGGCGCAUCCGCACUUCCAGCCACCUGUUGGCAGAUUCGAUAUUGGCCGCGGUGGCAUGGCUAAUGGACACGCUGCAGAGAGGAGACGGGAUGGAGGACGCGGUGUUAGCGGUGGAGGUCGUGGAAGGGGCCGUGAUGCUGGCCGUGGGGGCAGAAGGAGUGGUGGUGGUAGGGAUUAUGGAGGGAGACAAGGAGGGUCGUCUAGACUGGACUUGGAUAAUAUUUCCCUUCCCAGGCAAGAUUUUGGGAAUUUGGUUCCUCUUGAGAAGAAUUUCUAUGUUGAGAGCCCUUCAGUAAGGGCAAUGACUGAGCAAGAAGUCAUGCUUUAUCGUAGAAGGCGGGACAUUACUGUUCAAGGCCAUGACAUUCCAAAGCCCAUUAGAAUGUUUCAAGAGGCCAAUUUUCCUGAUUACUGCCUUGAGGUGAUUGCCAAAUUGGGUUUUGUUGAACCAACACCAAUUCAGGCUCAGGGAUGGCCAAUGGCUCUAAAAGGGAGAGAUUUAAUUGGCAUUGCUGAGACUGGUUCUGGUAAAACGCUGGCAUAUCUGCUUCCAGCAUUGGUACAUGUUAAAGCACAACCUCGAUUGGUACAAGGUGAGGGUCCCAUUGUUUUAAUAUUAGCUCCUACUAGAGAGCUGGCUGUUCAAAUUCAAGAAGAAGCUGUAAAGUUUGGAUCAAGAGCUAAUAUCAGAAGUACCUGUAUUUAUGGUGGUGCUCCUAAAGGACCUCAAAUCCGUGAUCUUAAAAGAGGUAUUGAGAUUGUUAUAGCUACACCUGGUCGACUGAUAGAUAUGUUGGAAGCUCAACACACAAACUUGAAAAGAGUGACUUACCUUGUUUUGGAUGAGGCUGAUCGAAUGUUGGAUAUGGGGUUUGAGCCUCAAAUAAGAAAAAUUGUAGCACAGAUCCGACCUGAUAGACAAACAUUAUACUGGAGUGCUACAUGGCCAAGGGAAGUUGAGUCCCUAGCAAGACAGUUUCUAAGAAAUCCGUAUAAGGUAAUCAUUGGAUCGCCUGAUCUGAAAGCAAACCAGUCUAUACUCCAAGUAGUUGAAGUUGUAACAGAGCUGGAAAAGUACAACAGGCUGAUCAGAUUGCUCAAAGAAGAGAUGGAUGGAAGUCGAAUUCUCGUAUUCAUGGAGACCAAGAAGGGAUGUGACCAAGUUACCAGGCAGCUGAGAAUGGAUGGAUGGCCUGCUAUGUCUAUCCAUGGUGAUAAGAAUCAGGCUGAAAGAGAUUGGGUUCUGGCUGAGUUUAAAAGUGGAAGAAGUCCUAUUCUGACUGCCACGGACGUGGCUGCACGGGGUCUUGGUAGGAUUAUUGUGUAUUAGGAGUCAUAGUAUCUACUUUUAAGUCUUGAAAUGUCAAAAUUAGUCAAAGUCUGCCAGCUGCUUCCAGUUUCCUGAGAACAUAAUUUGUGGUUUGGGUGCAAGGGAGGUGCAAUCAUGCACACUGACUAAGAUUAUCCUUUUCAUUGAUCCAUAAGCAUGAUCCUCUGCUUGAAGGGAUUUUAUGAGUUGGAUUGAGAGGCUUGUUGGUUUCUCACAUUCAUUGGCAUGUCCCACAGGAAAACUCUUUUUGGCUGCUACCUUAGUCUUGCAGCUUAUGUUACAUCGACACGGGGAGCAUAGUUUCAUGAUACAGAUAAGCCAGUAUAAGAUUUUUGGAGGUGUAUCAUUCUAUUACUCAGGUGACAAUAGUCCUUAUGUCCAAAAAAAGUAAUUUCCAGGUUAUAUAUGGAGGAAAAGAAAACUUAAAAGCUAGCAUUAUGAAGGUUGUUUAUUUGCUUUAAAUGCCUGAAGUAGCAUGGCUCCUGUCAUCAAGUGUCUGAGUAACAUAGUUGAAGUUAGUAUCACCCAUCCACGGUUAUGGAGCCUGGUUUGUUGUGGCAGCCUGGCGGACUCGUAUUUUGCGUAUUCACUGAUUGGAUAUAAAAUGUUGGUGGUGACAAUGCUCUGUAUCCCUGCAAGGUUAAGGUGGGCACAUUUAUCUGAUGAAUGUGUUAUCUUAAAUUUGAUCAUUUUGAUCUUAGGGUGCAGGGAUAAGGGGGUGUUUGCAUUGCUUCAGGACUUUUAAUGAAAAAGUAUGCUGUUA